GAAACGCCCCCGUGUCUUACACGUCCAAAGUGUGUUACAUAAAGUAUCGAGAGCCUUCCAGUGUUGGUGUCGCGCAGCAUCUCACCAACACUGUGUUUAUUGACAGAGCUCUGAUAGUCGUGCCAUGUGCGGAAGAUGACUAGACUGGCCCAGCUGUUACACUACACUAGCCUGAGUCAGGCAUUGUUUUCCAAGCCACUAUCCCCGAUCGGGCCAACGCAGCCUUCAAGGGGGAAUGUGACCCGGAGAAUAGCCCGCUGAACCUUCCAAGAUGGACACCUUGUCUCUGUUUUGUUUAUUUUUCUUUUAUUUUGGCUGCAGCUUGUGUGUGAUUGAGUUCUGUCCAGGUUGCUUCAGCAAACCGGUGGGAUGGUUGUCACACAAGGGGAUGCUAGGAGGAUCACUAACUCUUUUGUUCUCUCGUCUCCCACGCCUGUUCACGUAGUUAAGGGCUUGUGUUGGUGGAAAACAUUAUCUUGAGUAACGGUAUAUAAAAUCUUUAUGUAUAAAAUCAUAUCUGUACUCAGCGCUGUAGUAGUAGGCAUUUAAAGCUUUUUUCUCACAUUGCUACAGUACCACUCGUAUGUAGAUAUUUAGUAUUGCCUUAUGACUUAAGGGGUAAUCAGUGUAAAAUACAUUUCUCCUGCAAACAUCUGCAUUAACAGGGAAUUUGUAAGUUUAAACAACCCUAGGGUUGCUUAUUAGUUGGUGAGGAGUGUAAAGUUUGGAUCCCACAUUGCACAGAGGUGCCAUGGCAUAGAUAACAUGGCCAGUUUUUAAACAUAAAACACCACAAACUGGUUCCGACUUGUGGCUGCUCUCCUGCAUGUUUUAGGUGUUUCCCUGUUCCAGGACCCCUGGUUUGAAUUAAUAUUCCAUCGACAGACCCAAGUAGACCUCGAUGCCAAACGAGAGGUGGUCCAUUCAUUUGAAUCAAUUAAUGUCAGCACAGGUAGCGAAGGCGCUACAUCAGAAUAAAUUGUUAUUUAAGUGUACAGAAUGUGUGUAAUGAGGACAAGCAGUUCCUUCGCUGAGACCGCCUUCCAUCACUACAGUCUUGUUACGAGCUAUGCAAGACAGUUACUGAAGGUUGCACGAAAUACUGUUAAAAGGAUGGUAAUGUAAUUGGUUGUUUUUGUUUGUUUUUUUAUAGCUAAGUUUUGGCUAACAUUUCCCACAGUUCUUAAAAUUGUUGUUCUUUUCUGUAUCUGAUGUCCUGUGUGCUAUUAGUGAUGCAGCCAUUGGGGUUGUCUUGUGUUGCACACCUUUCCAACACUGCGAAACGAUCGCCCCACGGAAAAGCGACCAUGCUUGAUAUCGUAUGGUUCAUGACCAAUAUGUUUCCAGUACAGGGAAAAUCCCAGAAGAGGCCAAGGCUCUGUCACUGCUGGCACCUGCCGCCCCAGUGCCCAGUCUAGUUCCUGGCGGAGGAUUGCUGUCUAUUCCCCCUCCAUCGCCACUUCAGAAUCUGAACCUCCCGUUAAUGAAUCGUAUCUCCACUGGUCUCAGCCCCCCAUCUUCAUCGCUCUCCCAGCCUCCGCUCGUUGGAAAUGUUGAUCCCUCAAAAAUUGAUGAGAUCCGGAGGACGGUUUAUGUUGGAAACUUGAACUCGCAGAACACCACUGCUGAUCAGCUGCUGGAGUUCUUCAAGCAGGUGGGAGAUGUAAAGUUUGUACGAAUGGCGGGAGACGAGACCCAGCCAACGCGCUUUGCCUUUGUGGAGUUUGUUGAUCAACAUUCUGUCGCCAAAGCCCUGUCUCUCAACGGAGUCAUGUUUGGAGACAGACCCCUGAAGGUUAAUCAUUCCAAUAACGCUAUCGUAAAACCACCGGAGCUGACGCCGCAGGCCGCUGCUAAAGAACUAGAAAGUGUGAUGAAGAGGGUGCGGGAAGCUCAGUGCACCAUCGCUGCUGCCAUAGAACCAGUAGAGAUAAUUAAACGUUCCCCCAGUCGGUCACGAAGGUCGCAGCGGUCUCGUUCAAAGUCCCACUCAGGUUCACACUCAAAGUCGCACAGGAAAAGGUCCCGUUCCAGACACAGAAGGCCGGCGCAGAGGUCGUGGCCCAGCGGCGACUCACACGGUUCCAGAAGCAGCCACAGGAGGUGCUCGCGCUCUAAAGACCGGCGACAAGUCCCGAGUCACUCCAGGGGACACCAAAGGAGAAGCAGGGUUCGUUCCCGAAGCCCUCGAAGGAAAGCCAGGUCCCCUUCACCAAAACGAGGUAUGAGGGAGAAGAGGGGGGAGCGCAGCAGGGACUGGAGGGAACCCUCCAGGUCCAGGAAAAGAAGCCGCAGAGAUGAAGAUAGGAUAAAGAGCAAGUCCAAGACGACAAAGUCGGAGACGAACUACAGCAGAGAAGAAGAGGAGGAAUAUGAGAGUGAGCGGGAGGACUCGGCCACGCCCAGCGAGGACAUGACGUCUUCACCGUGCGCCCAGCACAACGGCAGCUACAAGACUCCCAGCGAAGAGGACAUCUACGUGGGUGCAGAUGGCACCAAGUGACUAACAUCACUGUGGACACGAGUUCUCCUCCAUCAGUCUGUCAACACCCGUCACAUGUGUAUACAACCACAAACAAUGAAUAACCACUCAUCAUCAUCACCAUCAUCCACUCCUUCACUUUCUUGAAAAGCCCCUUGGGAUACUCAAGAUUUCAGCAGAUGAAGUCUGGACCAGCAAGCUCUGUGUGUGUACGAUACAGGCUCACAUAUGUAUUUAUUCAGCACGAGGACAGAAACAGCACAUCAGUGUCUUCCUAACAGCACUUCUCAUUCCAGAGCCAUUUAUCUGGAUUCUUGUCAUUGGGGGCCGGCGGUGUCCUCUAGUUAUUUCACGGCUUUUAAAAAUUCAGAGUUUCGUGUUUAAAACUGCAGAUUUCCAUCAUUUAAGGUAAGAAACUUCCAGCGGCUGCAGAGUUUCUGGGUUUCACCCUGGUCUCAGAAGAGAUGUCACGGCUCGAUGUCCCCCAGAAAAUAGGAGGAGUUAUCGUCCUCAAAUCUAAACGAUGACAUUUCCCUCAGACUCUGAAGAUUUAUUUGUGCCUCACAGGUGAUCGGUAUUCAGUACGUUUGACAAGUGGAGUCUGCUAUAACCUCCAUCUUAAGUUCUGUCUCUUUUCUUUGGCCCGUAAAACAAGGCCCGGAAGCGGUUGCAGUUUAACCCAAGAAAAACCAGCUGUUCGAUGCCGAGUCCCAACUGCGUCCAUUAGUUAUCUCAAAAAAGAAAAAGGCCUUAAAAUUUCCAGCGUCGUGUUUAUUCUCAGGCAGAAUUUCAUACGAAGGAUGAUGAACGUCUGUUAGGAACAACACUAAUAUGGUGCAGGGUUAAAUAUAAACUUCAGACUGAUUUUAGGGGUGUUCUCUGUCAUUCUGGGAUUUCUAAAAUAUGCGUUAACCCACAGUUUUAGGAUGACAGUUCCACUUGAUCCGGAGCUGAACUCCGCUUUUAUCAGAACAUAAACAUGGAUUGGAGAUGUGAGUUUAAUCUUUUGUAACAAUUGAGUCUGGAUGACGCUGCAAGGCUGUUUUCUGCGUCCAGAUCUGCCAUAUAGUGUUAAUGAUUGUUUUAAAUUUAAGCAAAAACAGUGAUGUGUCUGACCUCUUCAACCACAAUCAAAGUUCUCUCAAAGUUCAUGUCUUCACACUUUUCACCGAGGGAGGUGAUCCAUAUUUGACCCAGAGUUUAAUAGGCAUAUAAAGUCAAAAGCGUACACUAAAAACAUGGUUAAAGUAUGCCACCUCGACUUGAGGAGCGAGGAAGUUCUGCUGCCGCUCAGACGCUUAUUUUUUUGUGUUGAAUUAAUAUUUAAGUAAAGGUUUGUGAAAUGUUUUUUUGCACCAAAUUUCUGCAUCAAGUGGGCGUGUCCUCACAGUAAACCAGCUCUCAAAACUUACUUCUCAAGAAAACACCACUUUACUAUGGAUAUAGAACAGUUACAAAUAGUAAUAGUUACAAAUGCACAGGAUGAUUUGCUAAUUUGUCCUGUGCAUUUGUGAAUUGGCGUGUGCAUUUGUGACUAUUGAGACUGUUCUAGCUCCAUAUUUUACUGCCUGUUUUUCUGUUUUGAUGGUGUACAUAUGUACAGUAUUUUUUUCUAUUAUUAUUUCUGGUAAAUAGACGCAGUCUGAGACAAUAACUACUAACAGUUUGUAUAGCCGCAAUACUGGCUUGCGCUAUGAAAUGAUGGUGUUGAUCAGAAUGUCUGUGGGUUUCUUUACCGGUUAAUAUGAUGCUGUAGGUUUCACGGCAGCAGUCUAGAUGAGGCUGAACAUGAAACGUCACAGGUCAACAAUCAAUUUACAAGCACCGAAGGGUCAAAAAAGUGCCUAGACUACGAUUGUACAGAAUAUUUGAAGAAAUAUGGAGACUUGGAUAUUGAACAGAUUAAACUAAUGAGACGUUAUAUUGAAGUAUUGUAAGUUGUCUUUGGUCAUCGUUAGUAGAAUAGACUUAAAGCCAGUGUGCGUAGUAACAGUGCAGACCACAUGGUGGCAGCAUAUCUGUGUGUUGAUAAGAUUAGCAAUACUUUGCUAAUGAGUGCGUACGGUCCGGUACGUCAUGAAUAACCACAAACACCAGUUAAUAUAAAAAUGGUUGAAACAAAUAAACCUGGCCAUAACGGGGCCCUUGUCUCAGUUGUUUUUGGUCACGUUUGGAGUUUGACCCCAUCUGAUAAAUUACAGUUUUUCCUACUUCGACAUUGGCGACAGCUCCAAAAGAUGGACGUUUAAUCUUGGGAAUGAGAUGUAAACCUUCUCAUGAUACGCUGCCCCCUGUGGUAAGAAGUGUUGCUUCCACAUAGUGGCUUUAACAUUCAUAGGACUUUCUAGGUUUUUUGUUUUCUUUUUUGGCUGUAAUUUCUUAUGUUGCUGUGUAUAUGUACAUAUUUAUGAGUGUAAUUGUGUCCAAAAAUCUCAGCAAAGUUUCCCCACAUCAAGAUUUUUUCACGUGUUUGUGGAAGUUUGUAUAUUUUGAAAGUUUACUGUUAAAACUCUGUGGCUUUUUCUGCCAAAUUCCCCUUCUCUGGUAGAUUUUGUUUUCCUGCCUUUUUUUUUUCUUAGCCCACAAAAGGAUCGAUGUUCAGAAAGGGAAAAAAAAAAAGCUUUUCAGACUCAGACACAAAUGACAGUAUGUGAAGAAGUUUAUUUUUUAUAUCUGUGUAUCCACUACAUGAGGUAAAUACUGUAAAACAAGUUGAUGGCCAUACUUUGGCGGGAUCAGGGGGGCGUGGCGGCCUGCACUGUAAACGUGUAACGUUUUGGUAUAAAGGUUUACCGUUGGAUGUAUGUAUGUAUGUAUGUAUGUAUGUAAUCCUCUUCUGUUUGAAUCUGAAACUCAACAAUAAAGAGGUUGUUCAUUCA